CAAGAUCAAGGGCGUGAACGAGAGCGAGAGCCAGAGAGAGCGAGAGAGAGAUGGCUCUGAGAGUUGCGAUUCUCCGCCACAUUCGAGUCCCAGUUCAAACUGCGGCACUAGAUCGAUUGGGAUCUCAGGCAUGGAAUCUCUGCAACUCCAUUCGGUCGAUGUCAUCCCAUGGAGACAAUCAUCUCGAGAGGGAAGAAGUGAUCAAGAGAGUUCUCGAUGUUGUCAAGUGCUUCCCCAAGGUCGAUCCUUCUAAGGUUACCCCUGAUGUCCAUUUCGAGAAAGAUCUAGGCUUGGAUAGCUUGGAUACUGUUGAAAUUGUAAUGGCUUUAGAGGAGGAGUUCAAGCUAGAGAUUCCAGAUAAGGAGGCUAAUAAAAUUAAUUCCUGCCCCCUCGCUAUUGAGUAUAUUGCAAACCAUUCAAUGGCUUGCUAGUUCUAGGUUAUUGUGUCCAGAAUGUAAUGAUUGGAUCAUCCGUUUUUGCUCAACUUUGUUGAGUAGUUGUAGGAAUCUGAUAUUCGUGGUGGAUAGAAAAAUAAUUUUGAUCCAUUUGAUAUUG